CCUUCAGUGACGGUGAUUGGGGAGAUGGCGAUGGGUUUGCAUGUAACAGUGCAACGGAUUUUGCAUUUGACGACAACUCCUUCGGCGACUUCUCUGAAAGCACUGCCACAGACACGCCACAGUCACAGCCCACAGACACACACGAGACGGAAGAGAUGGUUAAUGCGUAUGUGUGUGCAUGUGUGUGCGCGUAA